CUAGCAUCGUCUCCUUCUACACCUUCAUUGCAUGCUGGGAACUUAAGAUUGAUACUACUCACCAGAUUUUCUUAUUGGGUAUGAGAUCCUACAACUUUUAGAUCCAUAGCUGUCCUUAUGGUUUGUUGGUAAAUAUUUAUCAAAAUUUGAACAUCCCUCAAAAACACGCAAUUUUCAGCAUACAAAUACAAUGGAUCUGGCAAGUUUCGCUCCAGACAAUAGCGCACGUUUCUAGAAGCAGAUAUUAUUAUUAUCUAUGACGCCAAUGCUAAUAACCUUGAUCCAACUCACUGAGCAAACGGAAAAUCUUGUCAACUUAUUAUGCCCGCCUCGUGACAUUAAUAACGCAAAGGCGUCGCCUGACGAAACAAGCUUAAGUCAUCUUUGCUAGAUCAGAGCUCAAGCAAACUUAAGCUGCCAAUAAAUCGACGUAUAUUGACCGCUCUGAGGAUUCUUUCAACUGUGCUGCGAGAGGAAACCCGUAGAAAUUUUGUGUCGUGACAUGGUGUACUCCUGCAUUCCGAGGGCACAGAGGGUGAUCUUAACAUCGUGUCGCCAUGGUGUCAAACUCUGAUGACAGCUGCUGGUUUAAACUUCAACGAUAAGUUUCCUCCAAACACAAGCGUCUGUCAAGAACGAUGGGUGUUCUUCUGUCCAAAAAGAAAAACAAGGAGCGACAUGGCUUCCAGGUAACGGAAGAUGAAAACUCCGAAUCUCAGAGGAGUUCCGAAGACGAAAAGGAGCCGAAAAGUGACGAUGAUCAUUCCGAUAACGAGGAGAAGGACGAGAGUAAAUCUGACCAGGAAGAAAGCGCCAGUGAAGACAAUGAAGACAAAAAAAGCAGAAGCAGUUCUUCGGCAAGCAGCGAGAAAAGCAAAUCAUCUCAAGAAGAUGAAGGUGUUGAGGAGGAAAAAGACGAAGACAUCGAGAUAGAAGAAGGCAGUGUUAAAGAUGUCGUCUCGGCUCGGACUGAAGUGAACUUAAGUUACGAGAAAAGAGUAGAGAAAGCCCUGGUUGGUGAUAUGAAUUUUGAAUAUCCAGAGCAAGCGAAAAUCGUGAGGAUCUUUACCAGCUCCACGUUCACAGACACUUCAGUGGAGCGCAACACAUUGAUGGAGCGAGUGUACCCCCGACUCAAGUCCUACUGUCAGGAGAGAGGACAUGACUUUCAAGUGGUGGACAUGAGAUGGGGAGUCCGUGAUGAGUCCACUGAUGAUCACAUGACCACUGAGCUGUGCAUGAGAGAGCUGCGCGCAUGUCAGAAGCUGUCCACUGGACCCAACUUCAUUACGUUUCUUGGACAAAAAUAUGGUUACCGUCCAUUUCCUACGAAAAUAGUGGCCUCUGAGUUUGAGAAGCUCCUUGGUGCGGUUGAAAAUCAGGACGAUGUUGCGCUACUGAAACACUGGUUUUGGCGAGACGACAACGCGGUUCCCGCCCAAUAUCUGUUGCAGCCAAUCACAUCGCUACUGCCCCACUAUCGCGACUAUGCGAACGAGGAGUUACGUAAGAAAGCGUCUGCCGAUUGGUGGACAGCGUUUGAGAGAAUGCAGGUUGUUUUGAGGGAAGCCGCUGACAAGGCUUUGGAUGAGAAGAGUGAACGGCAUAAAUAUCACAUGUCAGUGACAGAGGAUGAAAUUCGACGAGGGAUAAUCGACGCUACUGGAAGGGACAAGCACUGCUUCUGGUUCAAGAGAGUAAUCACUGAUAUCGGUGAUUUUGUCGCACAUCCCAAAGCUGGAAAGUUUGUUGACAAAACUUGGGGAAAUCCCUCGUCGGUCGAUGAGUCGGCGCAGACGUUGCUAGCAAACCUCAGAGAAAAAGAUCUUCCUGAGGCGUUGAGCAAUAACAGCAUUAUUCACUAUGAUGUCAAAUGGCAUACUAAUGGUAUCGAUCCGAGUGCUUCACAGGAGCACAGGCAAUACAUUGAGAAGCUUUGUACGGAUUUUUAUGACACCUUAACUGACAGAAUUGAACGAGGUAUCGCGGAAGACCAACUAACCCACACAGAGGAUCUUUUGAUUGAAGAAGUGUUCCAACAUGGUUCGUUUUGUAGGAAGAAAUGUGAGAUGUUUCAGGGCCGAGACGAAUUUUUGACCGAGGUGAAAGACACAAUCUUGCAAAAACGAAUUGCGGUGUUGCAUGGGGAAUCAGGUUGUGGGAAGACAUCUUUGAUGGCUAAAAUUGCCAUGGAUGUGAAGAAAUGGCUCGGUGGAGAAUCGGUUACAGUGGUGACUCGAUUUAUUGGAACAACUCCAGAUUCGUCCAAUGCAAGAUCAUUGCUACACAGUAUCUGUCAACAAAUUUCAAAGGCUAAUGUGGAUUCCCAGGGUGCAACAGUGCCGCAGGAUAUGAAGUCUCUACUGGAAUUUUUCCCUACAUGUUUGAAAGAAAACGCCUCGUCGAAGCCUAUCAUCUUGGUACUGGACUCCCUGGAUCAACUGUCGGAUGAUGACGGAGGUAGAGAGGUGGACUGGGUGCCCAAGGAGAUACCGAAAAAUGUUUAUAUGAUUGUGUCAACACUUCCUGGAGAAAAGUACAUUUGCUUCCCCAAGCUUCAGGAAAAAUACGAGGCCUCUGUCCUUCUAGAAGUUCCAAAAAUGCCUGUCGACACAGCGAAGCAAAUACUUAAGAACUGGUUCAAAUCAAGUGGACGACAGCUGCAAAGUGAGCAAGAAAAGAUUGUCUUGGAGGCCUUUGAAAAGUGUCCGUUACCUUUGUAUCUAAAAUUAUGUUUUGAUGAAGCCUGUCGAUGGAAAUCCUACACGACUCCAAGUGAUACCAAACUGACGCCAUCUAUAAAAGGAAUAAUUCAUGACCUUCUUGACCGUGUUGAGAGACUUCACGGUAAAAUCCCUGUAAGCCAAGCUUUAGCAUACAUUACAGCGUCUAGGAAUGGGUUGACAGAGCCCGAGCUAGAGGACAUCUUGUCCCUGGAUGAUGUGGUCCUUAAUGAUGUCUAUCAAUACUGGACACCACCUAUUCGACGGCUGCCUCCUCUACUGUGGAUUCGAAUCCGAUCCGACAUUGGAGACUACCUCAUUGAACGAGGUGCCGAUGGCGCUCGAGUCAUUAAUUGGUAUCAUCGGCAGUUCACAGAAGUUGCUCGCGAGCGCUACCUUGGAGACGAACAAGCAGUAGUUGGGAUCCAUUCAAACAUGAGCGAGUAUUUCCUCGGCGACUGGUCAGACGGCGUGAAGAAGUCUUACGUGGACAAGGAGGGCAAGAAAAUGGCUGUGGAUCGACUGGUGCCCAAACAGCCGCUUAUGUUCGAUGUAAGUGAAGAAAAACCCAUCUUCAAUUUGCGCAAGCUGAGUGAAGUACCGCAUCACCUUCUUCAUUCCAAACAAAUUGAUAAGCUCAAGCAAGACACGUUGUGCAACUUCGAGUUCCUUUUAGCCAAGGUCCAAGGUAGUUCUGUGGAAGCAGUGCAACAAGAUUUCAAUGCCGCUCUUACCCUUCAUCCAGACGACAGGGAGUUUGACCUCCUCCAAAAAUGCUUCAGUUUGUCAGCACACGCACUCAGGCAGGAUCCUCGUCAGCUGUCUGUGCAGCUCAUAGGUCGCCUAUACAAGUACAUGCAAAAGCAAGAAUGCCCAUUUCUGAAAAAGGUGUUAAUAGCUGCACAUACUCCAUCUGUACCUGCUUUCAUCCCAAACCAACAGUGCUUGACACCCGCUGGUGGCUCUCUGAUAAAUUCCAUAUCAAAUGAGGAAUUCCACGGCGGUAUCGAGCAUGUGAAUUUUACGAGUGAUUCCAAGACAAUCGUGACAUGUAAUCGAGGCUCAGAAGGACUUUGUUUGCUUUACGUUGAUGUGAAGAGUGGCAGGAGGCAGAGAAAGGUUUGCUUCGACUCUUCCGAUACGGAUGUAAACACAUGCUGUUGUGCAAAGAUAAGUAAAAAGAACGACGAUAUCUUUAUCGCAUCGGGGUCCUCGGCCAAUAUGUACCUUAUCAACGCGAGGGCGAACAAGAUUUUACAAGAGUACAAACCCAUGAAGGAUCAAGGGAACUGGUUCCGAGGAUUUCCUUCCGUUGCGUUUGCCGAGGAUGAUAAGCUGAUUGUUGCCCUUGGGGAUUCCGGUGUGCGAAUCUGGGAGACUGCAAGCGGUAAGCUUCUUCAUGACGUGAAUGUCAAAGGCAUCAACGUCGAAGAAGAAUUUGGAUCUUUGGACGCGAACGGAGGACUUGCUGUUUAUUGCGUUCGCAACACAAAGACGGUUCACGUUCUAAAUGUGAAAACUGGAGAGGAAGUUCGCACGAUAAACGUGGCGUUGGACAAAGAGGAGAUCCGAGGGGAGAUGCAAGACACGAAAGUAAAAGAAAUCCACCUUACUUCCAGAAAGCAGUUACUUGUGGUAUCAGAAGCCUCUGUUAAGUCACAGCUGAAGGUCUACAAUGCUGAAACGGGCGAGUACGUUUUAGACCUCAAAGAGUUUGGAAUCGGUUACAACAACCGCCUCAUCGUAACUGAGGAUGGAAAGAAUGCGAUAGCUAUCAGAAACAAUUAUGAAUUGGUGAAGUGGGAAAUUCACACGGGCGAACCUACCAUCGUAGCGAGGUUGCAACCAGCAUUUGGUACUUAUGGACGUAAUGGAGAUGUCGUGGCAACUGCCGGAUCAGAUGGAGUUCUUCGGGUCUACGAUACAAGAGAAAAUGUUGAUGAGGACGAGACGGAUGUCACAGCCACUACGGCAGGUUUUGCUGAUUCAAUAUGGACGCUGACAGUUGCGGCAGAUAACCGGCAUGUGAUUGCCAGCUGCACUGUGAAGAUGAUGCCUGAAAUUGCCGUGUGGGAUGCUCUCGCUGGGGUCAAAGUCCGCUCUAUCAAGGCUAUGAACUUUCCUCAGCCACUGCACAUGAUAGACGAUAAGGUCGGUGUUGGUCGAAUGGCUGUUGGAGAAGCUACAAAGGAUCACUUUGAUCACUUCAAGUUACUUGACUUUGGUCAGGCGAAAACGACUCGUGUUUUGCAAGGGAAAGCCAGCAAAAGACUGAAUGCUGUUGGAUUUAUAGACAAAAAGAAUUUCAUGGGGCUGUCACGUGGCAGACGGCAUUUAAAAGUUUGGAACGUUGACACAGGCAAGGUUGUUGGACAAUAUAAACUUGGCCAGAAGUAUCGCCUUGAGGGGAUCUUAAUCUGCAAAGAUGGCGGCACGGUGAUCUGCUCUCAGGCCAGCUUCUACGUCGAGCAAGAAGAUCAAACAGUUCCCCUUUUGGUUUUUAACACCAAAACACACGGGCACAAGACUAUGGAACCCAUUAAAGACGAGCAGUUGGGAUUGGAUGGUUCAGCUAUCACUGAGGAUGGUAAAUACUUCAUCUUGCAGCUUAAAAACGACCAGGUAAGUGCAAUAUGGAACACAGAAACCGGCAAGCUGAUGCACACCUUAGAGGAAGGCUCAAGUGGGAGGAAUAUGGUUGCAAUAUCAUCGAAAAGCAUGCUCGCCUUAACAAGCCACGAGAGCCUUAAAGUUUGGGAGAUUCAAACUGGAAAGCUGGUUCACGACCUCUUUGCCACGGACAUCGACAAAAUUUAUCUCAACGAAGAAGGCACAAUCGCCAUUACCACUGAUUCCAAGGGGUAUCAGCCCCCAUCCUUCGAGGCUUGGGAUCUGAUAAAGGGCAAGAAGCUCGCCUCCUACACCGUCGACACAAAUCCGUCUGCAAUCUGUCCUCUCGGUGAUCACAUCGUCUUCGCAGCACCAGCUAGUGUUACAGUUACGACGCUCAGAUUGCAUAUUCCUGGAAGUGAGGAGAAGAAGCCAGCGCUUUCCUCGUAUGGCGACCACGUAGAGCUGAGCGAAUUUAAAGGAAUGAUGGGUCCCUGUGAUCCUAAUGAUGAUGACGACGACGAAGAUGAUGAUGAUGGCGAUAUUCAAUAAACGCAAUAUGACUCUAACGUAAUCUUAGAAUUUUAAGUCAUUCGUUGUACUCUUCGUUGCAUGCAAGUUCUAAAUGCUGUACCCAGAUCCUAGUUGCUUGUUUUGAAAUGCCCUAGGCAAGCAAGAUGUUAGUCGAACUGUUAAAUGAUCUACCAGUUUUUCAAUCGAGUGGCGAAAACAUUACGGGAUUGCUUGGACUAAACUAUAUCACGCAUAUUAUAAUGCAACGCAGACCUAGAGGCAAAAGAAAUUUAAGAUAUUGGACGAUGAUUACGACGUAUUUAUCGUUAAACCACAAGAAGCUAAGUGCUAGUAUUAGUUACGGUAAACUAAAACUGAACCUGAAACUCAGUGAAUGAUAGAAUUUUGUUCACAAGCUUCUGUUUAGAGAUUGAGUAGAUUCUUAGUUUUCACCAGAGAGAUUGUGCCAGGUGACAAAAAAUUCUACUUUUUACUAAAUUAAAAUUGCUUUGUGGUUUUCAGAAAGAUCACUUCCGUAGAAGCUUUCGAUGUCAGUUAAGAUUUAAAAACAAAUGUCGCUGAGUGUAAUAAAUCUGAGGCAUUUGCCAUUAAACAGAAAAAGCCGGUAA